AUGUUUCGCAUACACGUCAGAACUCUACGCACCUCUGGUCCGGCGCUCAAGCGAGUGUCGGCGCGUUGCACACAAGCACGCUUCUCGUCCACUGCGUCAAAAGCUGGCGGUGGGUAUGCGUGGCCUGUAGCCGCCAUUGUCGGCACCGGAGGGGCUGGUCUGUACAUCUUCAGCGGCAAGGACGACAAGAAGCCCUCUACAUCAUCCAGAUCGAGCGAUGUCCUCUCUCUGCAGGACUUUGUUGCCGAAGACCAGAUCUCGGUCGAGUCUCCCAUCAAGGCAUUGACUCUCACGACCGCGAAUGCCAAACUGCGCCAAGAUGUCCAUACCUUUGCCUUUGAAGGACACGGAGGUGUCAAGGGUCGGGUAGAUGUUGCGCGAGUAUCAAGCAACAACCCCAUCGAGGAUGACUGGGACCUCAAGGUAGCCAAGGGUAUCGGUGGUGCUGGUACGCUGUUCUCUGGCGUCUAUGACGGACAUGCCGGUUGGGCAACCUCGAAGGUACUGAGAGGGGCUCUUGUUCCGUAUGUAUCCGGUGCUCUGUCUAGCAUCAAAGCCGGUAGCUCUAAUGAGCUGGUCGACGACACCAUCAAGAAGGCUUUUGAGCGGCUCGAUGAUCGCAUCUACAGCAACGCCAUCAAGGCCAUGGAGGCAGGCCACGAGCCAGGUUCAGCUGAGGUCAUUUCUGCCAUCGCGCCCGCUAUUGCAGGCUCAUGCGCUCUUCUCUCCAUCUACGAACCCCACACCUCAACCUUGCGAACUGCUGUCACUGGAGACUCUCGCGCCGUUCGCGGAGCUUGGUCGCAAGAAGGGCGCAAGUAUGAGGCUGAUGUCCUGAGCAAGGACCAGACUGGCUUCAACCAGGAUGAGGUAGACCGUCUUGACCGUGAGCAUCCCGGCGAGAAGGAUGACAUCCUUAAUCCCGACUCUGGACGGCUCCUGGGUAUGGCUGUCACCAGAGCUUUCGGCGAUCACCGCUGGAAGUGGUCAGACGAAUUCAUUCGUACAGCGCGAGACAACUUUUACGGUACAUCUCCACGACCCAACUUCAAGACACCCCCAUACAUGACUGCCCGCCCCGAAGUCACGACACGCAAGGUCCAAACCGAGGACUUUGUCAUCCUCGCCUCAGACGGCCUCUGGGAUGUGAUCAGCAACGACGAUGCCGUCACGUGCGUGUCACGCUGGCUCGCAGCCAAGAAGGCCGGCAAGCCGGAGCCCUUCAAGGAGACCAAGCUCAAGGGUAAGCCGAGGGAUGGGUGGCAGGCUACGCCGGAGCACUUUGUGAUCGAGGACCUGGACAGCGCGGCUGUGUGUCUUGUCAAGAAUGCGCUUGGGGGGUCGAGGAGGGGGUUGUUUUUGGGGGCGCUCACGACGUAUUCGCCCAUGAGUCGGAAUGUGAGGGACGAUAUGACGGUGCAGGUUAUUUUCUUCAAGGAUCCAUAUGAAAAGAAGUGA